AUGCGCAACCUGAAAAACAUAUUUCUCGAGGAGAUUUUGAUUCCCGGAAAUCUUCACUCGUCUGCUACUGCUUGGGACGCUACUGAUGAUUCUGUCAUUUGCGCCUUUGGGCCCACAGAUUUGUCUCCAACAAUUAACUUGAAGCGCAAGAAGUAUAACGCCUCUACUGCCAAGUCCGAGUUUGUGCCAAUUGCAUCGUGGGAUGCGCCAUGUCCCUUACCAGACUUGUCUAGCGACGAGAUCAUCUGUCUCCAGUACUUCUCAGAUACUGCUAUCUCAUGUAUCAUUCUUGCUGGGGGCGAUCUGGUGGUCGUCCGAGAGAACCCUCAGGAUGGUGAGGAAAAGUUGGAGAUAGUGGGCUCCGUCGACGCUGGAAUUGCUGCGGCAGCGUGGGCUCCUGACGAAGAGCUCCUAGCGAUAGUCACACGCGCGGAUACCCUCAUUCUGAUGACCAGAGAUUUUGAGCCUGUGACUGAUGUGGCGCUGACGGCCGACGACCUGAAAACUUCAAAACAUGUCUCAGUAGGCUGGGGCAAGAAAGAGACCCAGUUCCAGGGCAAGAGAGCCAAAGCCUUACGAGAUCCGACAGUGCCAGAAAUUGUGGACGAAGGCAAGUUGAGCGUAUUCGAUAAUGGCAGAACAUCUAUCAGUUGGAGAGGUGAUGGUGCUUUUCUGGCAGUGAACAGAGCGGUUCUGAAUAGCAGACGAGUCAUCAGGAUUUUCACUCGCGAAGGGACCAUAGAUACCGCAAGUGAGCCGGUCGAUGGCCUGGAAUGUGCACUGAGCUGGCGACCGGUUGGAAAUCUGCUUGCAGGAGUGCAGCGAUUUGCAGAUCGAUUAGAUGUCGUCUUCUUCGAACGAAAUGGCCUACGUCAUGGUGAGUUCUCGUUAAGAUUAUCCAAAGAUGAGGCGGAUACCUGGGCUUCCGAGGUAUCUCUGUCGUGGAAUGUUGACUCGACUGUGCUUGCUGUAUCUUUUCGUGACCGUGUGCAGUUGUGGACGAUGGGCAAUUAUCACUAUUAUCUGAAACAGGAGAUUUUGUUCGCCAGUGAGGCGCUCACGUCACCAAGACCCGUUGCGUGGCAUCUCGAGAAGCCGUUACGAAUGUGUGUGGCUUCCAGAGGUAGGACUGCCUGGAUCCAGAAAAUCACAAGUCAGCGAGCCAUGGUUCCCCCACCAAUGUCGUUUGCAGAGAUUACAACAACCAGGAACAUCAUCGAUUGUUCUAUAAGUUUGACAGGCAGUCGCGUUGCCAUCCUAACAACCUGGGGUAUCGAGGUAUACAAAUGGGACCUCUCGCCGAAACCUGCUGCUGUGCUAUGUAAGAUAGCUAGUUGGUGUUCCGAGUCAGCAGCAGAGACCUGGUCCAAUGCUCGCUUGAAAGAAAUCCUGGUACAAAAAGAGGAAGUUGUCAGCCUGCUAUCGUACUUUAUAGAUGGCGGGCCCACAAUAACCAACUAUGCUAUUCAAGAGUCCAACGAAUCUUUGGUAGAUAUUGGUAAUGGGCUCGAUCCACAUCACAGCAAUAAGGAUAGUCUCGUCAACAGGAUUUUCACAGAUGCCAACCACGACUUCAUGUGGGCUCAGACCGCAACUGGUCUAGAUUGCUUGAACCAGUGGGACCUCUCUUCGUCUGCUGUACACCCCCUUACAGAGAUAGUGGUCCUCGAAGGGCGUGGCGAACAUCCAAAUGCACUCGAUGAUUAUUCUCUGAGGGAUAAUAACGGAACUUACAGACAUACUCACACAUUUUCUCUCUCCAGAAAAGGGGAGCUCUUUGCAAAUGACAAGCUUCUUACACGGGGCUGCACUUCUUUUGUGUCUACAAAUGCACAUCUAAUCUUCACAACUUCUCUGCAUCUACUAAAGUUUGUUCAUUUAGAUUCAUCUGAUGAGUAUGAAGUGCCUGGCGACACUCCAGAAGCUGACGAACGAUGUCGGAGCAUCGAACGUGGUGCCAGAUUGGUCACUGCCAUCCCUUCAAUCUAUGCUGUGGUCUUGCAGAUGCCGCGAGGAAAUCUGGAGACAGUCUAUCCUCGAGCACUUGUUCUAGCAGGGAUCCGACAGCACCUCGAUGACAAGGACUUCAAAUCCGCUUUUCUUGCUUGUCAAAACCAUCAAGUCGAUAUGAACAUCAUCUACGAUUAUCGUCCCGAACUCUUCAUGAGCAGCAUCUCUUUAUUCAUUCAGCAGGUUAGGAAAGUCAGCAGAAUCGACCUGUUCCUGUCAAAAUUGUCCGAAGAUGACGUUUCGCUCACACUAUACAAGGACACCUUGGCCAAGAGAGAAGCAUCAGAGCAACGAGGAGACACCUCAACGCACCGGAAAUAUGGGGUAACGAAUGGAGUAGGUAGAAAUGAAAUACAAGAUGGCAAAGUCAAUCGUAUAUGCGAGGCUUUCCUGUCUUGCCUCAGGCCUAAAAUUUCCGGGCACCUCCAGAAUAUCAUCACCGCACAUGUUUGCAAGCGUCCUCCCGACCUUGUCACCGCCUUGGAGCUCGUCACAUCUCUCAGGAAAAGUGAGCCGGACAAAGCAGAAGAAGCAGUUUCUCAUCUCUGCUUUCUUAGCGACGUCAACCGCCUUUACGACACAGCCUUGGCUCUCUAUGACCUUCCACUCACCCUGCUUGUAGCACAACAAGCUCAACGCGACCCAGGAGAAUACAUGCCCUUCCUCCAGUCUCUCAACGCCCUUCCUCCACUUCGCCGCAAUUUCCGAAUAGACGACCAUCUCCGCAACCACGCCAAAGCUCUUACCUCCCUUCACGCUCUAGCCGCACACGAAGAAGUAGAAAGCUACACCAUCAAGCACGCCCUCUAUUCACAAGCCCUGAAACUCUACCGCUACGACUCUGAUCACCUAACAACCAUAACCCGCUUAUACGCCUCCUAUCUAACCUCGCAAUCCAACCACCUCGCCUCAGCUAUUGCCUCCGAAUCCCUCUCUGAUUACGCCCUCGCCUCAACCAGCUACACCAAGUGCUCUCCUCCCCGUUGGCGCGAAGCCCUCCACUGCCUCAGCAUGACCCAACCGCCCCCUUCACCCCAACAAAUCACAACGCUCGCCUCGGAACUUUCCACAGCCUUGACAGACCAACAACGCGACUACCGCUCCGCCUCCCAAAUCCAGACCGACUACCUCCACGACAUCCCCACCGCGGCGCGCCUCUUAUGCCGAGGCUCGUACUUCGCUGAAGCGCUACGCCUCCUCUCCCUCCACAACCUCACCCCCCAAAUCCCAGACGUCAUCGACACGGCUCUGGCCGAGAAAUCAGGCGAGAUCACCGAGCUUAUCGCAGACUGUCGCUCGCAGCUCGCCGCCCAGGUCCCGCGGAUCAAGGAGCUACGAGUCAAGAAGGCAGAGGACCCGCUUGGGUUUUUCGGCGGCGAUGCUGCCGCCGGGGAGGGAGCAGGCGAAGACGUGGCGGACAACAUCUCGCUCGCCCCGACCGACGCAAGCACGAUGGGCGGUCAAUCCCUCUUCACGCGCUACACGGGCAACCAGACCACGAGGUUCGGCGGCACGGUCGCCGCCAGCAACGCGUCGAAUGUCUCGAGGAAGACGUCGCGCACGAGGAGGCGGGAGGAGAGGAAACGCGCCAGGGGCAAGAAAGGCUCGGUUUACGAAGAGGAGUAUCUGGUGGGCAGUGUGAGGCGGUUGAUUGAGCGGGUCAACGGCGUGCAUGCUGAGGUGGCACGGUUGGUGGAGGGGUUGGCGCGGAGGGGGUUGGUUAUAGGCAUGAGCGAGCGGGUCGAGGUUGUGGAGAAUGGGAUGAGGGGCAUGGUGGAGGAGUGUGAGAGGGCUCGAGGCGAGGUUUGGGGGGUCAGGAAUGGAAAGGGGGAAGGUGGCGAAGGAGUUGGUGGUGGUGAGCAGCGGGACGAGGAGGGAGGAGAUGAGAUCGGCGAGAGUAGGAGUAGCAGGCCAAGAGGCGCGGAUGGCGUCUACUGGGAUAGCCAGAUGGAGAUGCAAGCCGGCAAAGGCGCGCCCGAGGUCAAGAUCUGGAAGGCACUUUUUUGA